AAAUAACCAAAACCAUUUACCCUUCAUGUCUAGACUCGAGGGUGAAGUGAAUUGAAUCAUAAAAAAAACAGUGAAUUGAAUCACAGAGCAUCGGUAUUGGCUAGGAAGACGAUGGAUGAAGAACUUCUGGAAUUGCAGAGACAGUUCGAGUUCGCUCAACAAGCGAAAUCCACCGUGCGUUUAUCGGAGCGGAAUGUUGUCGAAUUAGUUCAGAAGCUUCAGCACCUCCAAAUCCUCGAAUUCGACCUCCUCUACACCGUCUCCGGAAAAGAAUUCAUCACUCCUGAGCAUUUGAGAAAUGAAAUAGUUGGGAAAAUUAAGGAAUUGGGGCGUGUUUCUUUGAUUGACUUGGCGAGCACCUUAGGAAUGGACCUGUACCAUGUAGAGAAACAAUCACAGCAGGUGGUUUCCAACGACUCGUCACUGAUGUUGAUCAAUGGCGAAAUAAUCUCAAAUUCUUAUUGGGACACUGUUGCUGAGGAAAUUAAUGAAAAACUGCAAGAGUGCAGUCAAAUCACCAUUGCUGAAAUAGCAGCCCAAUUGCAAGUUGGAUCAGAACUUGUAUUGUCCAUUAUUGAGCCUCGACUUGGGACUCUGGUGAAAGGUAGACUUGAAGGAGGCCAGUUGUAUACACCAGCAUAUGUGUCACGUGUGAAUGCAAUGGUUCGUGGUGCUGCGAGGGGUAUUUUUGUUCCAACAAAUUUGUCAGUUUUAUGGAGCUCUUUGCAAAAUUUACUACAAGAAGUUGAUGGAGCGGGCAGUGUAGCUGUUGAAAGCUCAUUCUUCCAAUCAUUAUUUAAUGGACUAGUCAAAGAAGGAGACAUUCUGGGUACACUUCGUGCUGGUGUUCAUUGGACUCCUUCUGUUUUUGCUAUGGCUCAAAGGGAGUGGGUGGACUCUUUCUUUUCACAGAACACAUUUAUUAGUUAUGAAGCUCUGCAGAAACUCGGAAUCCCACAGCCCAUCCAUUUCCUGCAGUCUAGGUAUCCUGAAGGCGUGCCUUUAGUCAUGAUAUUUGCUCACCCAUCAAUAAUUGGAAUGUUGGAUGCUUCUGUAGAGGAUGCCAUGGAACGUAGUAGUUGGAUUAACUCACUUUCAGUGUUGCCGGCAUCCUUUGGUUCCCAAGAUGCAUCCAUGAUCCUAUCGCUCUGUCCAUCUGUUCAAACAGCCCUUAAGUCGAAUAAGGCACUUGUCUUGGGGGAGUCAUAUGUUUUCAGCAGUGGCUUUGUUAAGGGUCUAUUUGACAGUAUAGAAAAAGAGCUGGAUUCUUUAGAACUUUCUAUGCGGACUAGUUCUGGUUUAAAUGAAAUACAUGCCAGUAAAGGUACUACCAGUAAGGUGGCAGAGUUCAGUGAGACCAGCAAUAAUGGUGGCAGUAAUAAACUAGUUUUGGAGAAAGGAUCCAAGAAGAAAAAAGGAAAAUCCGCUGGAAAUUCUCGUCCAGGGGUUGCUGAAGCUGGCUUAGAUAUGGAUUCUGCUCCAUCUAAAUCCAAGAAAAACCAAAAGAAAGGCAAGGGUUCAUCUACCUCACAAGAGGCUUCAUCAAAACCAAAUGCCAACAAGGAAGACGAUCCUUCUUACCUUAUUUCAGAAGAAUGGAUUACUCAAAAAAUUGUUUCUCUAAAUCCUGACCUUGAGGAACAAGAUGAUCCCGAGACUGUUCUUGAGCCUUUAUCAAGCCACCUAAGACCACUGCUUCUUAAUUCAUGGAAGGAAAGAAGAAGGGCCGCAUAUACUGAAAAUGCACAAAAAUUGAAAAAAGUACUUGAUAACUUGCAGCGGAAACUUGAUGAGUCUUUUUUGAAUAUGCAACUUUAUGUAAAAGCACUGGAUUUGUUUGAAGAUGAGCAAUCAACCUCAGUUCUUCUACACAAACAUUUAUUGCGAACUACAGGGACCGAUAUUGUGGAUACUUUGAUUUUUAUCCUGGAUUUGCACAAUAAGUUGAAAAGUGGAAUUGAAGUGGAAGAGUUUCAAAAUCCUGAACCUGCUUCACUUAGUUCUGUCGAUAGAAAUGCUCUUGCCAAGAGCCUCGGCAGACCCUUGUCAGACAAGGCCGUUACUCUACUUGACACAUUAGAAGGGAAGCGGGUAGAAGUGUUCAUGACAGCAGUAAGAGAUCUGGCAGAUGAAAGCGGAUUGAUUUUGAAGAAACUGGAUAAGAAAUUGGAGAAGGCCCUUUUAUUUUCAUAUCGUAAGGACCUGACAUCUCAAGUCGCUGCUGAAACUGAUGCAGUUUCCCUCUUACCAAAAGUAGUUUCUCUACUUUAUGUACAGGUCCAUGCAAAAGCUCUUCAGGCUCCGGGCAGGGCAAUUUAUGCUGCUGUAACACGGUUAAAGGAUAAGCUGGAUGAUGCUGCAUUCAAGACACUUACAGAUUACCAGAGCACAACAUGGAGCCUUUUGACACUAAUGUCUGCUGCAGCUGGUGAUGAAGGAGAUUGUUCAUCAGAUAGAAUUAUGAGCAAAAGGGAGCUUCUUGAGACUUUGAUGCCUGCAUUAAAAGGCUUGGUGUCCAACACUCAACAGUCUUGAUGUGUCUGUUUCGUGGCACACUUUAGUUUUAGCAAAGUCGGCCUCCAAAACAAGGUGAUCUUCUGCUUCUUUCUUAUGAUUCACUCUUGUGGAAAUGUGAUGGCCCCAAUAAAUUUCUUGCAAAUUUAAUAGGUAAAUGAUAACUGAAAUUUAAUGUGGAUCUAAUUACUAAAUUAGAAAACUUUUCUGUUUUGGAAAAUGGGAAACCAACUGUUUACCAUUUCUGUUUUCCAACUUCGGUCGGAAAACAGGAAACAUAUUGGCCCUGUUCGACAAGUUAAGGUCUCAUUUUCCCUAAAGCCAAUCCUUGUUAUAGGCGUUGACUCUACGUACUUCAGUAGGUUAAGAAAGUACAUAUGAACAGAUAUUAUUAUUGUUAUUUAUGAACAAGCAAACAUAAACAUUGCACCUAGUU